GCAAACAAUAAAUAAAUUAACAAUUUUUUUUGAAAGCAAGACAAACAUCAUACACUCAAAGUAGCUGAGGAGAGUGUGUCGAUCGUUAAUUGGUUCAGUAGUGAUUGACAUUAGACUUGAUAGAAAUGAUCGUAGUUUGAUAUUCACAACUGCGAUUGGAAGGAGACCGAAACCAGUUGAUGUCAAAAUUGAUCUUUAAACCAAAUUAUGCGGUCUUGUGGACCCAAAACCGGGAAAAAAAAGUUAAGAUGAGUGUUUUUUUUUUAAAACAUUUUAAAUUAAAUUAAAUAUAUAUCACAUUUAAUUAGUUAGUUAAUUUGGAUUGGAUAUUGAUUAAUUCACUUUUGCUUGGCAUAUUCAUAAACUCAAACUUGAUGAUUCAUCUUCAAGCAUUGUUUUGAAAACGGUUGAACCAACAAUUCCAGAAUCAUAGUUCCUCAUUUUGCAUGUAUUGAUUUUAAGCAGAUGAUGAUUAUAGCUACAAGGGUUUGAUUGAUGUGUUCACUGUUCAUUCAUUCCUUCAUCAUCUUCUUCUUCUUCAAUUCAACAUGAUAAUGUUACCUUUUUGCUCAGCCACACCGUGUUAUUCCCCUUCUUCUCAGAUUCCUUUAUUUGGGGGAUUUCAAUCUCUUUGUCCAGUUCGAAAGGAUUUUGAGAGUAAAUGUGUUGCAGAAGAAACUGUACAUUUAGGUUUGCAUUAUGGAACACCUUCACUUAGAAAUUCAUUUGCAACACAAGCUAUAAAGAAUGUUUCAGCAUGGGAAAAUUCAGAUUGGCAUCAUUCACUAAGUAAUGGAGAAUUUAGAUAUAGUUUAUCGACCGUGCCGGAGGAAUUAGUAGACUUUGCAGGACAGUCAACUGAAGGAUCUGAUGCAUUAGUAGCACCUGCACAACCAGAAGCAAUAUCGAGUACCGAUAUAUCGUCGGGGAAGUUUGAAUCUGUGUCUAGUUUGAUUCAAGGGGGUAAUGAAUCGUUAGCUGCUACAAAAGAAAGUGUUGGUGACCUUGUUUCUGGAGUAAAUGAGUCAUUCAAUGCAGCUGUUAAUAAGGGAGAAGAUAUUUUACGAAGCUCGCUGGAUACGGCCAGUUCUUUUGUUGAUUCCAUUGUUAAAAAUGCUACUACAUCUGCAGAUAAUGCUUUUAGUAAGGUGUUUUCUUCUGUUGAUCAAACGGGGGAUUUAGCGAAUAAGAAAAUUACUAGCGUUUCUAGCGGGAUAAAUGGAGUCACGAGUAAGGCACCUGGUUUGGUUAUUGAUGUGUUGCGCCGCACAGUUGUUGUGGUAGAGAGUUCUUUAUCAAAGGGGGCUUCCUAUGUUGUUUACUUGUAUGGAUCAGCCAAGGAGGUUCUUCCUGCAGAGAUUAGGGGUUCAGUCAAUGUAUAUGAAGAAAAAGCAACACAAAUCUUAAGGCCUGUUGGGUCUGCAACUCAACAGAUAUACACGGCUUUCUAUUCAUUGGAGAAGAGUCUUGGCUUGGAUCCAAACGACCCGAUUAUUCCAUUUGUUGUUUUUGUCGGCUCUUCAGCAACAUUGUGGGCUAUUUAUUGGUUGUGGAAAUAUGGAGGUUACUCAGGAGAUUUAUCACCUAAAUCAGCUUUUGAGCUCUUGUCUGGGGACUCAAAUGCUGUACUUAUAGAUGUCCGCUCUGAGGAUUUGCGAGAAAAAGAUGGUAUUCCUGAUAUUCGACGGGGUGCUCGGUUUCGCUAUGCAAGUGUAACUCCAAUCGAGGUUGAUGGCUCCAUACGCAAGUUGUUGAAGGGUGGUAGAGACCUGGAUGACUUUUUGGUUGCUGUUGUUAUUCACAAUUUGAAAAUUGUUAAGGACAGUUCCAAGGUUAUUGUGUUGGAUGCUGAUGGUACUCGUUCUAAAGGCAUUGCAAGGUCCUUGAAGAAAAUUGGAAUCAAGAAUCCAUACUUGGUCCAAGGUGGCUUUCAGUCUUGGUCUAAACAAAGUCUCCGCAUCAAGGAACUCAAACCUGAAACAACAUUUACCAUACUUAAUGAGGAAGCUGAAGCAAUUCUAGAGAAUAUUAGACCUUCUCCUUGGCAAAUUUUAGGUUAUGGUACGGCACUACUUGCAGGGUCAUAUGGAUUAGUAGAGUGGGAGAAAACAUUGCAGUUUAUCGGUGUUUUUGGCCUCAGUUUGACCUUAUAUCUGCGGUUUUCUUCAUAUGAAAGGUCAGAAGAUUUGACGCAAGAUGUGAGGCUAUUGCUUGCUCCUGUUAAACUUGGAGGUCAGGCGUUUUCAUGGGCUGCCGGAAAAUUGGAAUCAAAUGGCAUAGGGUUACCUACAUCACCUUCAUCUUUAGAUGUUCAGAACCGGGUGUUACAGGCCGCUGCUAAACAUGAAUCCCAACCAUCUGAUAGUGAAGGUAACCAAGACCCAAAUCCUGAAUCCACAGUUACUCUCAAUCAAAAUGCAUGAGAAUAUUGUUCCAGAUUGUCAUGUGCUAGCAUGGAAAGAAGAACAGAGAUUACUAUGGUCAAAACAAAUUAACUCACAUGACUUGAAAUUUGCAUGUUGACAUCAUCCAACCUUUUCUAAACACUGUAAAGCCAACAAGGAUGAUUGUAUUUGAUUAUUUUUAGCGCUGCAAGUUGCAAGAAUGCCACAGGUGCUUAGCACAAUUUCCACCAUCAAAAUAAUAAGAGUGUAUUUGUUAAAUAAGUUAUUAUUUGCAUGAUGCAAAUUGUACUAACAAUUUGUGGUGUUGCAACCAAUAUAGUUUAAUAGUUUUGUAAACUGUGUAUCCUUUAAAAAAUUAUUUUGAUGUUUAGGCCUUGUACAAAUUAUAUUGUUAUUAUUUAAUCAGUUAGAGGAAAUUUGAUCAGCAA